AGUCCGCCUCCCUGCCCUACUUUAUGUCGGGGCUUGUGCCGGGCUGCUGUUAGGAGGGGAGGAGUGGGAGGGGUGGUGUGGGCCGGUGGCCGGCAGAGACAUGUCGCUGCCAAUGUUGCAGAGUAACAGUGGGCUGAUGAGGAGGAUCUUGGCGCACUUCCCCCGGGAUCUGAGCCUGGCCUUCGCCUACGGCUCCGGCCUCUUCGGACAAGCUGGGCAGCCGGGCCCCAGUAAUAAUAUGCUGGAUUUUGUCUUUGCUGUCGAUGAUCCUGUCACUUGGCAUACAAUGAAUAUCAUGAAAAAUCCACGGCAUUAUUCUUUCUUGAGAUUUUUUGGACCAAGGCAUGUUAGUAAAAUACAGAAUAAUUAUGGAGCUGGAAUAUAUUACAAUACAUUAGUACCAUGUGAUGACAGGAUAAUCAAAUAUGGUGUUAUCAGUACAGGAACCCUGAUUGAAGACCUUCUUCAUUGGAAAAAUUUAUACAUUGCUGGAAGAUUACACAAACCUGUGAAAAUUUUGAUCCAAGAUGAAAAUGGCAAAUUGCAAGCUGCAUUGGCUAGGAAUCUGAAAAGUGCAGUGACGGCAGCCUUUCUCAUGCUGCCAGAAUCAUUCACUGAGGAGCAACUCUACGUUUGUAUUGCUGGACUCUCCUACUAUGGUGAUUUUAGAAUGAUUGUAGGAGAAGACCGAUCAAAAGUAAUGAAUAUUGUCAGUGCAAACAUGGAAAAUUUCCAGAGACUCUACAAUAACAUUUUACAGGAGUGCCCUCAAGUGGUUUACAAGCAGCAUUUGGGUAAAUUAGAGCUUGAUAAAAGUCCAGAAGGUCAAUUCAAUCUGUUGAUGGCGUUGCCCAGAACUCUUCAACAAGAAAUUACUCGUUUGGUAGAUCAGCCAGGAAAAAAUAGAGAUGUAGAGGAGAUCCUGCUUCAGGUAGCCCAGGACCCAGACUGUGGAUUAGUAAUACAGCAAAGUGUAACUGGUAUCGUAAAGUCUUCAAGUAUAACCCAAAGUGCAAAAGGAAUACUUACUGCUGGUAUGAAAAAAACAAUCACCUACAGCAUGAAGAAGCUGCAUAAAAUGUGGAGUGGAUGGAGAAGAAAAUCUUCCUAAAUUGUUUGCUAAAUAUAACUUAAAAUUUGAAAAAUUUUAUUUUUUUAUGAAGCUUAUGAGUUGUUAACUUGGAUAUUUAUAUAUAAAAAAAUUAUUUGCAUCAUCUUUAUAAAGUUUGGAGUCAUCAAUAAUUUAAUGCAUUUCAUUUCCAAGGAAUUUUAUGAAUACAUAUGUACUGUUUAUGCGAUGCAUUGUUCACCAUUACACUGUGAUGGGACAUCAUUGCGAAACUUGGACAUUUACAACAGUAGGUAUUUAUUGAUCCGUGGGUUACGUGAAUUCUACAUCAUGCAAACUGUCUGGGUGUGUGAAAAUGUAAAUACAAUAAUUAGGAAACAAGUACUUAGAUUAUAUAAAUGCUAUUUAACCAUAUAUAAAUGAAUCCCAUUUAUCAAAAUUGGGACAUCAUUGUGAAUUUUUUAGUCAUGUGAGUUUUGUUUAUUUUAUGGAUUUUGUUUUCCAACCACUUAGAAAUAGUUUUGAAAUAUUCUGGUUUCAUUGAACUCAUUGAAUAAUUGAACACUUUAUUUUAAUUAAAUCAGCAGGAUCCAAAGAAGUUUAAACCAUGUAUUGCCCUGCCCGUGUACUGGGUUGCCACACCACGUGGUGAAUUUACCCACUGAACUUGUUUACUUCAGUGCAGAAGGUGGCCGUUCACUCCAUUGGAUCCAUGCUCACUGCCAAAUUCAGGAAAUUCAAGUCAGUGAUAAAAUAUUGCUGCUUUGGGAGGACCAGUACUAGGGAGUGUUGGCCAAAAGUGUUCAUGGGCUGAAAUAAUUUUCCUGGGAUUUUUAUCGUUAUCUUAGAAAUCCCAUGUUCAACUUGAAUAAUGAAGAAUUCACAUUUCAAGAUUGCGUACACUGAAGGGUUGCAUCAUUUACACCAACACACAUUGCUUUGAAAAUGAGAAUUCACUUGGCCUCAAGGGCAGGCUUAAUUGAAUUAGGUUGUGAAAUCACUAAGUGUGCUGGCAUAUUAUCAUACUUUACUUUGUUUCAUAGUCAGUCUAUACUUUGUUAAUUUAUUUAGUAUAAUGGCAAUUUAGAAAGUUGCCAAAAACUGCAAGAGCUAUAAUGUGUUGGAAAUUUGUAUAUCUAAUCAGCAUAAAUUAGUUGAUCCUUUGCUCAUUAAAGUAUGAACAUGUUUGUAAUAAAACCUGGUCUGAUAUUCAAUAUAAUGAAGCUGGAAAUUUACAACACCUUCCAGAAUAUGAUCUUCUUUCGCCCAACAGCAGUUAAAUUCUUCUUGACCUCUGGGUAUAUUUACUUGGAGCUAUUUGAUGCCAUGUUUUUCAGCACCGUUCUCGCUUAGGACAGAAAAUCCAUUGUAUGCAAGAUGGUGUAACACACCCACCAUUAAAACAUCAUUAACUUAAUGUGCACAAUGCCAUGUAGUAAGUAUUGGAAAUGUUUGAAAAGAGAAACUUGCAUUUAUAUAGCAUGUUUGACAACCUCACAAUGCUCCAAAGUGUUUUACAGUACUUUUGAAAUACAGUUUUUGUUGUACUGGAGGAAUCAUGGUCGUCAAUUUGCACUUGCGAUGGUGUCACAGCAAUGGGAUAAGACAAGAUAUCUUUAUUAGUCAUGUGCAUUGAAACACAGUGAAAUGCACCUUUUGCGUAGAGUGUUCUGGGAGCACUGUUUUUCGAUGAUAAUUGGAUCAUUUUUGAGUAUUCAUAUUCAUUGAUAAAUAUUAAAUGGGGAACUGGGGUAACUCCUCUGUUCUUUAUCAAAAUAUUAAGGUGGGAUCUUUCACAACUUUCUGAAAGAGUGGAAGAGAGCUUAAUUUAACAGUUGGAAAAAAAUUGCACCUCUGACUGAGCAGGAUUCCUUCAGUAUUCCACUGGAGUGUCAAUCUAGAUUUGUGUUCUAUGGUGUGGGUCUUGAGUGUAUGGAAAAAAUAACAAAAAUAAAAAUAUUACUGAGCUUUU